AUGCUACUGCUAUAAUAUAGUUGGAAAUUCAUGGAUCCCAUAAAUAUAAAAAAAUGUAUAGAUGUAUCAGAAAUUAAGAAUUUAAAAUUUUAUCCAUGAAUGGUAGGUUCACAUUCCAUUCGAGUUGUCAAAGCAUUUAUUUAAUUUCCCACUGUCAUAGAUAGGAAUUAUAAUCUCUUGUGAUAACUAGUUGAUAUAACUGGGAAAAGUUUCCGUAUUGCCUGAGGCGUUUGUGUUUCUGAACAACUAUACCCUUAAGCACGUGUUAGAGAGAAAUAACAUUAAUUCAUGCACAUACAUUAAUUGAGACAUAGACACAUAAUUAUUAUUUAAUUUCCAUCGCAUAUUCAUACCUAGAUUUUCAUGAUUUUGGUAUCUGCAUAACCAUAGUGUGUUCUCUCCUUACCUUGUAUAUGCAACCUAGCUUAGACAAAUAUGUUUACAUUAUCCUAUCAAUAUUAAUUUCACCUUUGAAAUUUUGCAGUUUACUCACGCAGACACAACUUCAUGAGUCUAUUCCAAUCAUGUCAUGAGACGGUUAUAUGACGUGAAGAUUCCGAUAUGAAAUAAAAAAGGAAGAGUUGAGCUAGGUUACUACUAAUACAAGAUGUGGAUACUAUGUAUUCAAAUUUAAAAUUUGGAGCUCCAAAUUCAAAAUCUAUACGUUGGAUGUGAUCUAUUACACACUGACUAUCUAGAAAUAAAAGCUCAAAUGAUUUCUAUAUGUUUUUAAUUAUGUAGCAGAGGAGGAAAGAUUAUUUGAUUUUAUGAGAAAUCUGAAACAUUAAGUUUGACAGCAUAAAUUGCAUUGUUAAAACACAUUGAACACAUGGACUACCUGGAAAUAAAAUCUAAAAUGAUUUCGGUACGUUUUUAAUCAUGUAUCAGAGGAGGAUAAAUUAUUCUAUUUUAUGAGAAAUCUGAAACAUUGAUUUUGACAACUUAAUAUGCAUUGAUAAAACACUUUGAAGUCAUUCUCCAUUUUGUUUUUAGGUUGUCCAUGUGUAGGCCACAUCCAUUGGAGCUACAAAGUUUAAAGUUGAUUCUAUAGUGUCUGAAUUUUGGAUGCUAUUGACAAUAGCCCAGCUCAACUCAACAAAGUAAUAUCAAGGAAAUUUUGAGUGUUUGAGAAACCUUGCAAAAGUUUUCUUAGUUUUCUUCUUUAAGUUCUACGUUCAACAGAGAUGUUUGCAAGUUUUGUGCAUGCUUAUUGAUGUUCGUUAGCUACAACAUGAUUCAAACGAUGAUGUUAUGGUAUUUUGGUAUCUCAUUCUGAUAUUUUAUUUGUUGCAGACUGAGAAGCAGCUAACCAAGCAGCUAGGGAGCAUGGAGAUUUCAAAAGACACUUCCACAUUGCAAAUUGAGAGACAACUAACCAAGCAGCUAGAGAACAUGGAGAUUUCAAAAGACACUAACACAUUGCAACCCAACCCAGAAAAUAAGCAUUAUGAACAGUCUAACCUGUUGACAUCUCCAAGCUCCCAACCUGGUUUUGAUCAACUCACAUCACAGCAGGCUCAGCAGAGAGGGCAAGUCUCAAACAGUCCCCCAUCAUGAUGCUAAUCUGAAGAUGAUUGUGUCUAAAAAAGUCCUUAUCCUCACUUAACAAAACAGUGGAAUACUUGGGGACCUUGAGCUCCAAUUGCUACACCAUUUCCACCCCCAUCUAUGUAGUGAUGUAAUUACUCCUUUAACCCUAGGUAUCUUCUUACGUUCAACACUCUCAAUCCUUGAUAUGUCUUGUUCUAUGCAUAUCGUGGUGGAAAUUUUGCACGGUUUGUACCUCAGUGCUGACGACAUAGGCCAUGGAACUCCAGGUGAAUGCAUCUUGACCGAAAUUUAGAUGUGUAUACAUACAUACACAAGCAGGUUUUUGAAUGUUUGAGCAUCAAAGGUUUCUACUUGAAUGCUAUUUGAAACCAGGAACCUCGUACAGAUGUUGUUAGGCAGCAUUGUAGCACAUGAGUAAAGCUGAUUACUGCUUGUUUUUGUUUUGUAUUUGCUGUAAAUUGUUGAGAAACUUUAAACUUCUUGUGUAUACAAUGAAACUGAAAAUGCC